UUUCAUAAACUAGCAUAAUGAGCCGACCCAGACACUUCAGUCAUAACUCAUUUUAACCAAGGAAAUUGUAUAAAACCAAGAAUCAAGCACAUAGGUCCCGGAAUAGGUGCGCACAGUAGUGCACACAAAGACAUAGGUCCCAAGUUUGUCUCUAAAACUCUCAUCAUAGUUGAGACAGGACAAACAUGACAAUUAGAUAGAAGAUAGCUCCAAAGUAUCACCAACAAUCACACUAUCUAUCGAGUAUCUGAUUUCUCCUCUUUCCCCUCCCUUCUCCCUCCCCUCAUCCUCAUCCUCCUCCUCAUGGGAAGUCCUCAAAUCCGACCGCAACCCCUUGUCGAUCAUGGAUGGAAGCGGCAUCGUACUCCUAACCUUAUGCAAGUACCUGUCAUCACCGCCUAUCAGAUUUCACCACCAGCUACAACUUCAAUUCACAUUCAUAAUCAACUUUGAUGGCUUGUCGCUGACCUGCCAAAGCCUCUCCAUAACUUUCCCAGACCUUUGUUCCCAUUUUUCGUCAAACGAACCAUUGAGCGGGCAACGUUGCAGUCUAAAUAAUCCAGUUGAUUCCUCUUUGAACAGGCAAACCCUCAACAGAGCACCUGUCAUUCCGGCAACGAGCCCUCGUUGGCUGUCAAAGACAGAGGAAAUGACAAAAAGACGUGGGUUUUGAACAAGGCAUGCAAAAACACGGAAGUUGCCUUUAGGGUACUAAAACACGGUAUUCGGAACUUCCAAUUCCGAAUGCAGAGCUGAUUAUUUUUUAAAAAAAUUACUUCCAAUUCGGAAGUCGGAAAUCCGAAUGGCUAAAAAGCCAACAAGCAUGCCCACUAAUUCGGACAUCAUAUUAUUGAGCUACUACAAAUAAAAAAAACCACACCCAUUCGGAUACCUCAUUUCCAAAUGGAAAAAACAAACAAAUUAAAAACUUAUACCUCGGAUAGCUCAUUUCCAAAUGGAAAAAACAAAAAAGAUGUUUGAACCAUUCUCCAUUCGGAAUACGUACUAAUUUCCAAAUAAUAAAAAGCAUACGUGUUCACAUUUCCUCCACAUUCUCCAUCUACCUUUACACUUCAUUCACAUAUUAAAACUCUUACUUUGUUCUUAAUUCUUCACCACAACACAGAAUAGUUUUUCUUACUUCAUACUUUAUAUUUCUUAAUCUAUACUAUUUACGAAUGGCUAGAGCGG